AUGGACCCAUAUUUUGCUGCUUUUAAGCACGUUCAGCAAGACUAUGAAGUCACACUUGAACUUGCAAGUGAGGAGACACAGAAAACUAGAAAUGCACAAAAUUCUAGGACGGGGUCUUACGGUGUCAGUAUUAGAGUCCAAGGAAUCGAUGGACAUCCUUACAUAGUACUAAACAAUACAGAAGGAUGUUUGUCAGAAAAUCCUCCUCCUUCUGGAAACGAAUACCAGAUCAUUUCUCAGACUGUAAGCAAACCAGACAAAAACAGUGAACACACAAAUUUUCUUGGAACACAGCAUAUGCAACCCUGUAUGCUUGAAAGCCUUAAGAUAACCACUAUGGAUGAAAAGGAAAAAGGAUUGUCAGAUUUUAAAGAUGUAACAGUGAAAUCCUCUAAUUUGUUGAAUUUUCAAAAACAUCCGGAACUUUUACAGCCUUAUGAUCCUGAAAAAAAUAACUUGAACUUGGACAAUUACCAGUCUUCUGUGUGCAGUAAAUCUAAAUCUUUUGCAGAUGAAAAAACUGAAGCAAAGCCUUGGAUUUCCUCAUCUAAAUUAAUGUCCCUACAGAAAACAAAUACAUAUGUUGCAGAGCCAGCCAAAGGAAAUUCAAAGAAGAUACAGGUGAACAGGUCAGUAGAAGACAAAAGUAAGCAGUUGGUGGAUUGUCCCAGUAACACAAUCAGCCCCAACAAAGUGAGUGUUUCAGAAUCAUUUUCAUCUGCAGGAGGAUCCCCGUGUGUUAGUCCCACUGCUUAUCCAGAGACAAGAAAACCUAGACCAGAUGUUCUUCCCUUCCGCAGGCAAGAUUCAGCUGGGCCAAUAUUGGAUGACUCACGAAGAUCAUCAUCUUCAUCAGCUACUCCCACUUCUGCAAAUUCCUUAUACAGAUUUUUACUUGAUGACCAAGAGUAUGCCAUCUAUGCAGACAAUGUUAACCGUCAUGAAAACAGAAGAUACAUCCCAUUUUUGCCGGGAACUGGUCGUGAUAUUGACACUGGUUCACUUCCAGGAGUAGAUCAGCUAAUUGAAAAGUUUGAUAAGAAAGUUGAUCCUCACAGAAGAGGUAGGUCAGGAAAAAGGAAUAGAAUUCAUCCAGAUGAUCGUAAAAGAUCAAGAAGUGUUGAUAGUGCUUUGUCAUUAGGACCUGAUGUAAGUACAGAUUAUUUAGGUGAAUUCAGUAAAAGCUUGGGUAAGUCAACUGAGCACUUGCUGAGACCAUCGAAGGUUUGCCUUCACAAGCAGUUAUCCAGAGAUCAGAAGUCACCUUCCAAAGAUAUGAAGAUUUCUGCUCGAAGUAUUGGAAAACUGCAAAUGCCUGAUAAAGACACUCAGAACAGCAAUUUCAGUUCUUUGCAAUACCAUAAACAAAAUGGAGCUGAUACAGAGAACAUGGUGUUUAGGUCUUUAACGCUGCCAGGACAGAAUAAGAGAGAGGAAGUUAGAACAGUAACUUCUACUUUGCUGUUGCCAAACCGAAUGACAGUUCCACCCGAUUCAGGAGCCAAGAAGAUUUCUGUAAAAACGUUUUCAUCCGUCCCUAACAUACAGGCAACUCCUGAUCUGUUAAGAGGCCAGCAAGAUCUUGCACAGCAAACAAAUGAAGAGACUGCUAAACAAAUACUUUACAAUUACCUUAAGGAAGGAAGUGCUGAAAAUGAUGAUGCAACAAAGAGGAAAGUCAACUUAGUUUUUGAGAAAAUUCAGACUUUAAAGUCAAGAGCUGCAGGAAAGACGCAGGUAAACAAUUUGGUUUCUGAUUCUUCAGCUGAAGUAAAAGCUUUGGUGGAACAAAAAGCAGAACUUGAAAGGAAAGUGGAAGAAUUGGAGAAAAAACUGGAUCUAGAAAUGAGGAAUCAGCAAAAUUCCAAAGAAGAGAGAGAUGCUACACGAGCAAGCCUGAAAGAUCUUCAGUUGCAACUUGAUGAAAGUAUAUGUGAAAGAGAAGCCUUAAAAAAGCAGCUGGAAGAAAAUGAGAAGGAACUCAGGGAAAACCUGGAGGAGCUUUUUCAAGUCAAGAUGGAGCAGGAACAACACCAGACUGAGAUCAGAGAUCUUCAAGACCAGCUCUCUGAGAUGCAUGAUGAACUGGAUCAUGCAAAACAUAUUGAUGAAGGGGAGAAAGAGGUUCUGAUUGAGGAGCUGAUGCAAAUGAAGCAGGAUCUGCAAGAAGUGUUAAUAGCAAAAGAUCAACAAGAAGAGAUUUUGAGGAAAAGAGAGAGAGAGCUUACAGCUUUAAAAGGAGCACUAAAAGAAGAAGUGUCUAGCCAUGACAUGGAGAUGGAUAAACUUAAAGAGCAACACUGUAAAGAAUUGCUCAGUCUACAACAGAGCCUGGAGAAAGCAACAGAGAGUGCUGCUGUCCUUGCCAGUGAAAGAAACGCUGCACAAGAGGUGCGAAGUAGUAUAGAAAAUCAAGUCAAAGAGCUGACUGAGGAAAAUGAACAGUUGAAGAGAACAGUUGAUGAGCUAGAGAGUAAAAUUGAAGAGUUGCACAAGGAAAUUGAUAACAUGAAAGGAGAAGAAAAUUCAGCGAAGGAAAAAAUAAAAAGAUAUGAGGAAGAGAAGCAACAAUUAGAAGAAGCUUUGAAAAAUGCUGAAAAGGAAGCAAAAGAAAUGGUGGUGCUAAAAAGGUCUUUGGAAAGCCAACUAGAAGAUAUGCAAGAGAACAUCCGUUGUAUUUCACAGGAACAGCAACAAUUAACUCAGCAGUUACAAGAUGAAACUCACCAGAAGGAACAUUUAAAGCAGAUAAAGAAGGAAAUGGAGAACGAACGGCUGCAACUGAACAAGACUGUUGAAAAGUUACAGGAGGAGAUGUCUGAAAUGGUAGAGGUCUCAAGAACAUCAACUCUGGAGCUUCAGAACCAGCUUGAUGAAUACAAGGAGAAAAAUCGCAGGGAACUUGCAGAUGUGCAGAGGCAAUUAAAAGAGAAAAACCUUGAGGUAGAAAAAUCACGCCUGACAACCAUGAGAAUGCAAGAUGAGAUGCGUCUUAUGGAAGAAAACCUGAGGGACCAUCAGAGAGCUCAGGAUGAAGCAAUAACAAAAACUCAGCUGCUAGAACAGACUGUGAAAGGCUUGGAGUAUGAAUUGGAAGCCAAAAACCACUUAAAAGAUGAUCGGGCAAGACAAAUCAAACUAAUGGAGGACAAGUUAUCUCACCUGGAACUUGAGCUUGAUGAAGAGAAGACUAAUUCAGAUUUGUUGUCUGAGAGGAUCAGUAGAUGCAGAGAACAGAUUGAACAAAUGAGGACAGAGCUUCUACAGGAAAGAGCUAUAAAGCAAGAUUUGGAGUGUGACAAAAUUUCACUGGAAAGACAGAACAAAGACUUGAAGAGCCGAAUCCUUCACUUGGAGGGUUCUUACCGAUCCAGUAAAGAGGGACUUGUUGCUCAAAUGGAAGCAAGGAUCGCAGAGCUAGAAGAACGACUUGAAAAUGAAGAGAGGGAUAGAGCUAAUUUCCAACUAAAUAACCGCAGACUUGAGAGAAAAGUGAAGGAGUUAAUGUUGCAAGUCGAUGAUGAACAUCUCUCAUUGACUGAUCAGAAAGACCAGUUGAGUUUGCGUUUGAAAGCAAUGAAACGUCAAGUUGAAGAAGCUGAAGAAGAGAUAGACAGACUGGAGAGUGCUAAAAAGAAACUCCAGAGAGAACUGGAAGAGCAACUAGACAUGAAUGAGGAAUUGCAAGGACAGCUUAAUGCUGCAAAGAAGGAAUUAAGACUGAAGAAGUCACCAAGUAAAGUGUUGGCUGAUUCUGACGAUGAUGACGACGAUGAUUUCAGCACGGAUGGUGAGAGUGUCUGUGAAGCAGCUGCAGGAAAUAAUUUUUCAAAAGAUGAUGACACAAAAACCUAAAUAAGUAUCAAAUCUGUGAUUCCUUGGAAGUACUGGAUGACUAAAAGACCUUAUCAAGAAACUGGAUAAUCAAGAAGCCAAACGACAAAGGGAUUUAAAAGUUGGGAAUAUAAUUAUGUUUCCAUCCAUACUGCGACAUUUUAUUUCUUAAAUCUCCACUGUUUAUUAUGGAAAACAUGAUUGCAUUAUAAAACAGCUAUAAAACAUGGAGAUACAUGUAUUUACCUACUACUGAAAACACAGACAUAAUAUUUCACAUGGGAAAUGUUAUUUUGCUAAAAUUCUGUUUAAGUAAAAAGCCAUUUAAAAGUAAUUCAAAAUUAGUUUGUAAUUAUUAAUAGCCUUUCCCUAAAACUAAGGAAACCAGAGAAGAUUAUUUAAUAAUUGUAAGUAGGGGAAAAUUGUGUAUAAAAUGUAAAUAUUUUAAACCUAAUCUUUUUAUUGACUACUUCAGUACUAUUUUAUAAAGUGUCAAAUAUUAUAUAAAUCAGUUUCAUAUGUA